UGGGAAGGUGUUACUUGUAAUUACUCUGACAGCAUUCCAAGGGUCACUUCUUUGAACAUGAGCUCAAGCAAAUUGAUAGGAGAUAUUGUAACUUCAUUCUCCAGUCUCAUGACAUUGGAGAGCUUGGAUUUGUCAAACAACCAAUUAACAGGGGAAAUACCAGAAUCUUUAGCAAAAUUACCCAGUUUGAAACUACUUAACUUGACAGGAAAUAAUCUCAAAGGUUCAAUUCCCGAGGCUCUGAGGGAGAAGUCGACUACUGGUUUAACUUUGAUUUUGGAAGGAAAUCCAGGUCUCUGUAAGACAGGGUCUUGCAAAACCAUUACAAAGAAGUUCAUAAAACCUUGUUGCAUCCGCAGCCUCUGUGGUGGUUCUUGCAAUAAUAGUCUGCAUUUCUUUGAUUCUCUGCAAAUACAAAGAAAACAUCUUAGUGACACGAAAGAUGGUCCCUGCUUAGUUGGAAAUGGAAAGUUUUCUGUGAAUACUA